UGAACCGGGUUUUUUUCCGCUUGCGCCAAGAGGAAUGCUGCGGCUGCUGAGAGCGGACGACCCAAGGCGCGGCUGGGCUGAAAGAACCAGGCGAGGAAGAGGAGGAAGAAGAAGAAGAAACGGCAGAGAUAAGUCUCCCUCUCUCUCUCUCCCCACCCCCCCUCUCUCUCUGUGUCUCUCUCAUGCGCGCGCACAGACGCAGACACUCUUCCAACCUUUGCCGUGCCUUGUGGAGAAGCAGAGCCCUCUCGGUAGGCGCACACACAGCCAUGGCCUCUCUUGGCGGCUGAGUGUCGUCAUCUCGGGGAGGGAUUCGCCAGGAGCCCCCCAUACCCCCGCCCGAGGGUGUCCAAAAGCAGAGAAACCCCCCCCCAAACGCCAUCCUCCCGGCCUCCCCGAAACCUCUCCGGGUCACGCCAACAGCCUGCCAAGGAAUCAUCGUGAAGCUUUGCAGCGGGGACUUUGGGAAGGUUUUUUUUAAGCCCCUACACACACACACACUCUUGAAGACACGUACAGAUCCCCCCCACCCACACCCUAAAUUUCCACCGGACGCCGGACGAUGAUGUUUCGAGACCAGGUCGGGGUGCUGGCCGGCUGGUUCAAGGGCUGGAACGAGUGCGAACAGACUGUUGCGUUGCUGUCCCUGUUGAAGAGGGUCACCCGGAGUCAGGCUCGCUUCCUCCAACUCUGCUUGGAACAUUCCUUGGCCGAUUGCACCGAAUUGCACAUUCUCGAAAAUGAAGCCAACAGCCCUGGAAUCAUUAACCAGUGGCAGCAGCAAUCAAAGGACAAAGUGAUUUCUCUCCUCCUCACUCAUCUGCCUUUGCUGAAGCCGGGCAACAUGGAGGCGAAAGUGGAAUACAUGAAGCUGCUCCCGAAAAUCCUGGCCCACUCGAUUGAACACAACCAGCACAUCGAGGAGAGCCGGCAGCUCCUCUCCUACGCCUUGAUACACCCCGCCACGUCCCUGGAGGACCGGAGCGCUCUGGCCAUGUGGCUGAACCACUUGGAGGAUCGCACGUCGGGGACCUUCGGCGGCCAGAACCGAGGCCGGUCCGACUCGGUGGAUUACGGGCAGUCGCACUAUUAUCACCAAAGACAGAACUCGGACGAUAAGCUGAACGGGUGGCAGAGUUCGCGGGACUCCGGCAUAUGCGUGAACGCCUCCAGCUGGCAGGAUAAAAAUCUGGGGUGCGAGAACGGCCACCUGCCCCUCUACUCCUCUUCCUCCGUCCCCACAACCAUCAACACUAUCGGAACCAGCACAGGGACAAGAACGCGAAGCUUGCUCCCCUCUUGGGGAGUUUUCCGUUCAGCUCCGCUUGCUGGCUUUCUGCGGCAUUCGCCACCGAAGCAGCGCUCGGCGUGCUGUUUUCCCCCUCUUGCUUGCCACAGCGUUCCCUCCGUGCCCUCCCUGCGCAAACAGUCCGUCUCCCAGGCCCAGGUUACAGGCGAUCCGUCUCGGGGUCAGUUUUUCCAACAGCAGCAUCUUCGGCCGCCGGCAUCUGUCACACCUACGUGCUCGGACUUCAUCCCCUAA